AUGACUGGUUCUCAUCAGUUCAACUCUCGCAUCGCAGGUGGAAAAGGUCGUCCAGGUGUCUUCAGCAUGACUCCAGAGGCUUGGUACAUGGACAGCUCGGAUAAAGACCCGAGCAAGCCGCACAGACUGGAGCCCAACCAGCCCGUGUCUAUGGACCAAUUAAAGAAGCUGGGAGUGCGGACAUGGAAGGUAAAAUAAUAAUAAUAAUAAUAAUAAUAAUAAUAAUAAUAAUAAUAAUAAUGAUAAUAAUAAUGAUAAAAGAAUGCGAGCCAAAUCACGGCUCUUAGAGCUAUCAUUACCACAAAUUUACCUUAAUACCAAACAAGGUUUGCUAUUAAAUAAGCUUAAAUGUAAACAUUAAUAGAAUAAAGUGAUUAUGCACCUUCAUUUUUCCUAUAUUUAUUUUAUUUUAUUUCAUUAUCAUAACUAUUUUUAACUUAUUAAAAAACAUUGAACAUCUUUUAUUGAAUCCUGAAUCAUCCUUAUUGAUAAACAGUUUUAGAAAUUGUACUGAUGUCUGCUGCUGUAUGUUCUUGUUUUUAUGUUGUGUUUUGAAAGGUGCUAUAUGAGUAAAAUCAUGAUUAUUAUUUUUGUCAUAAAACAUUUAAAAGUUGGUUUAUUGAGAGUUCAGAAGUUUUUUUGCAUCAGAAAUGGUCAUUCUUGUUGUUUACGCGUAAUGAAGCAUUCAUCAGAGUGCAUUUUGUUCGUCAUUACGCACAUCUGUUCCAUCAUAUUAAAUGACAGGAGCUGAGACGUCCUGGCUAAGGGACACAGAAAGAGCCUAUUUCCACUGUGAUUCCGUACUCAACUGAUCAUAUUGAAACAGAGUUAAACAGAAGUUCUUUGUUGUCUGAUCGGAUCAAUUUGUCCUGUUAUUGCAGCUGAAUGCUGACAACUAUGAAAACGACCCCGAGCUGGAGAAGCUCCGCAAAGAGCAAGGCUACACCUACAUGGACUACAUCCUUAUUGACAAGAACAUACUGUCCGACUAUGAAGAAAAGGUAACCAAAAACACCUUCACAUCGCUGUCCUCACUUAUGACUUUUUUAGAUUUUGCUAAUCAACAAAGACACUUUCUAAUGUGACCUGUACCAGAUUCCAGGUCAAAGUCCGAAACUGACCCGCAUGCGCAUAAGAACAACACGGAUUCAUGAUGUCUUUCUGUUCACCCUUUGCAUAUUCAUGAGCGCAGUUUGAACUUCAGGUUCAGGAUUUAUGAAGUCAAGAAUAUAAAGAGAUGAGAUGAAGAGAUAGUGAUGCAGUUUUUCAAGAAAUAGGCUUGCAACAGAGCCAAACACGCACAAAUGAAAUCCGAAAUAAGCAGACCGGUGUUGUGCCGUAGAAUGCACCCCCUGCCUCCCAUCCACUCGUUAGCUUCUUAAAGUGGAAGAAAAUGAUCUCAUAUUUUAAAAAACACGACUAUUUGAUCGUUACAACCUUCGUUCUGAUUUUAUGUGUCUCAAAAAUGCACAUACGGAGGUGUGCUUGGGUAUAUAAACUGUACAGUAAACUGUCAAGCUAGCAUACAUUAUAAAAUAAUGUAAUAAGCAAAUAUUCUGAAUCAGAGGGCUAUUUUUUCGGCUUAUCUGAAUAGCCUGAGUGAAAUUAUUAAAGGCACACGCUUUUGAAUUCAUCCAAUGGUAAGGAAAACUUGGAUUAUUUUCGCCUGCCUUGUUAAGUACUUUCAACCGCGCUCCCGUCGGGGGUGCAUUCUACGGCGGGGGGCUUUCUACGGCACAACACCGGACUGUCUACAGUCUGUGUUUCUUCAGAGAUUAACAGUUUGAGCUUGUCUGUACAUCUACUUUCAAUCGUUUUAUUAUGUUAAGACUCAAAAAAAGUUUUCCCGGGUGAUUAAAAUGGAACAGAAGAAGCGCCGGACACAUGAAGGAUGUGCCAUCGCGCCUUUUUACGUACAAAACAAACACUAAUAAAGGAACGCGUUCACUUGUAUGUUGAUGCAUUGCUGUUAUGUCUGUCACAAAAGCCUUCUCUAGAGGGCAAACCAUCAGUGAUUUUCUCUUUUUUAAGAGAGACGCUGUGCGCAUUUACGCAUUUAACUUUCUUAUUUUUUAAAACCUUAGGAUACUUCGACCGUAUCGAGCAGGACAGAGAAGGAGCUAGUCAUCAAUGACAUCCCGUCGACGGGAGGUUCAGUGUAAACAUUUGUUUACCUGUAAACCGUCUCCUCUUAAAACACAAACAAUUUACAAUGAAUGCAAUGAAUACAAAACGUAUGAGAAUUUCACCCUUAUAAGUAGAUGUCAUGACCUGUGACCUUUAGCCCACCACAUUUAUAUGCAUUUGUGAUUACUCUCCAACACUCACACACUUAGAUGAAGGCUCUAUACGCGGAGCACAUCCACCUGGACGAUGAGAUCCGCUACUUCCUGGAUGGGCGGGGCUACUUUGAUGUCAGGGACAAGGAGGACCGAUGGAUCCGUAUCUUAUUGGCUAAAGGGGAUCUGAUCACCAUACCAGCUGGCAUCUACCACCGCUUCACCCCAGACGAGGCAGUACGUUUGUAACUCACAUUUUGAUAUUAGCAGCUGAAUAUGAAAUGAGUAUGGUAAUGAACACUGAGGUCUCGAAAAUCACCUAAAAAUAAACCAAUCCUGUAGAAGUCUAGACACCUGUGUUUCUUUGCAUCAGUGAUAUGAAACCACACCCCUCUUUCAGCCUCUGUCUGACACACCUCUGAACACUGGAUGAUGCCUGAGGAGAAACUGUACCAGUUUUAAUUGUGUUUGUUUUUGCUCGUUUGGAAAGCUCACUCUGACAAAUAGUACAGUUUUUCUCCAGGGUUAGGAGGAGCAGCACCAACUGAGAUAAUCCAGCAUAAUUUGUCUGUUAACUGUUGUACCUCUGUGUGAAGAGUCCUUCUCCUACCCCUCUAGCAGAAAACUUAGUCCGUCAGAGUCGCUCUGUAAACAUUAAUUUGUCCUUAGGACUUUCAUCCAUGAAGGGUACCACCAAUGUUAGGCGCUCGCUCAGACUCCCAGGAAUAAACACACGUUUGGUUCCUGCUUAUUUGUUCUGAGCCUUUGUAGAAAACAUGGCUGUGCAACAUUUAAGCCCCCUAAGCGAGGACCCGCUGCUUCUAUAAUAUAAAAGACUUCAUCAGAAAUGAAACAAAUACUAUCAUCUAUUCAUACAAACUAAUUCAAACAGACUUCUGUGAAGUACAUUCAUUUUCUUUAGGAAACCACUACUAAUAUUUACUCAAUUUACCUUAAAGUGAUAAUUGCAUGAAUAUACCACAUCUUGUUGACAUGAAGAGGGCUUGACAGUUGCAUUCUUUACAUACAAGUGUAAUCUGGUGUUGUAAAUUUGGCAUUGAAGAGUCUCACACACAGAUGUGAGGGAUGGCAUGAAGCGCUUACUCUCUAACCAGGAAUCCUUCAAGUCCAGGUGUCUGUAAAUAUGGAGACUAGAUUCAGACUGUUAAAUGCUCAAAUAACUGAUUGAUAGUCCUAACUAGAUUCCAGCCUGUUUCCGAUUUGUGCAGAACUUAAAUCUUUUGUGUUUGUUUUAUUUUGUAGGGGUACACAAGAGGCAUGAGGCUGUUUAUUGGGGAGCCGGUGUGGAAAUCUUACAACCGACCAGCUGAUGAGAUUGAGAUCCGCCAGAAGUAUGUGGCCUUUUUGCAGGGACCCUGAGAGAGAUCUGCAUCCCAAGAC